GAGUGGAACGACUACAAUCUGCGAUGGAAUGAUUCCGAAUAUGGUGGCGUCAAAGAUUUGCGAAUAACACCAAAUAAAUUAUGGAAACCCGAUGUGCUCAUGUACAACAGUGCUGAUGAGGGAUUCGAUGGCACGUAUCACACCAACAUUGUGGUCAAACAUAACGGCAAUUGUCUGUACGUGCCCCCUGGCAUCUUCAAGAGCACAUGCAAGAUAGACAUCACGUGGUUCCCAUUCGAUGACCAACACUGCGAAAUGAAAUUCGGUAGUUGGACUUAUGAUGGAAAUCAGUUGGAUUUGGUUUUGAAUUCCGAUGAUGGAGGGGAUCUAUCCGAUUUUAUAACAAACGGCGAAUGGUAUUUAAUCGGCAUGCCGGGCAAAAAGAAUACCAUCGUCUAUGCCUGCUGUCCCGAGCCGUAUGUCGAUGUGACAUUCACAAUACAGAUACGACGACGGACAUUAUAUUAUUUUUUUAAUUUAAUUGUGCCGUGUGUGCUGAUAUCAUCGAUGGCUUUAUUAGGAUUUACAUUACCACCCGAUUCGGGUGAAAAACUAACCUUAGGCGUUACUAUUCUACUGUCACUAACAGUAUUUCUAAAUCUUGUUGCUGAAUCAAUGCCGACAACGUCGGAUGCUGUUCCUCUUAUAGGUACAUUUUUUUCUUUAGUGCUUUUUUCUGUUGUCUGA